AUUUCAAACAUUCCCAUUAUACAUUCAGAACCAUUUAAAAACCAACCAGUUAAAUUCCAUUUUUAUUGAUGGAAAAUGUUCAACAAUUUAUGCACAUGAGUAGGCCUAACGUUAGCUAGGUAGCAUUAGCUAGGUAGCUAUUCACAUCACAAAAGUCAAGUCUAUUUGUCAUAUGCACAGAAUACACUGGCUGGACGGUAAACAAACUAUACAGGUAGUAAUUCAUGGACUAGUUUGGAUGUUUACUUUACCUUUUUAUAACAGCAUUUUUUUAUGUUUGAUUUGUUACAAUCAAUAAUUCAGUAAUGACUCAAAAAAAUAUGCAAUCAACCGUUUUUUAUCACCAGCAAGAACUGCCUUCAGUGGAAAACCUGAGGGGGUUCGCCUGCAAGAGCAACAAGUUCAAAAACGUUGGAAGUAAAGACCCCAAGAAAUCGGGUGACUAUCCCUAGUGGCGAAAGGUUUCUCUCUGGAAUGACCGUGUCAUGAUGACGUCGCUGAGUCUCACCCAGCACCCAGAUGACAAGGGAGGGUGUGUCCGGCCGUCGGCCAAUCACAGAAGGUGCUUUAGGAUAGUAAUUUCCUGUUUGUGUUCAUCAGUACUUCCUCUCGGAACCCUCCAGCCUCACUGACGUCCCGCCCCCUUGGUCAAGGGGCCAGGGUUCCGGUCUAGAAGCACAGUUUCGACGGCUCCUACAGUGUUGCUUAGGUACUGCAGUUUAACUGGUGCCCGGCCCAGAAAGAACAUUUCCAUAGACGGCCACAUAGAGAACUCAGAUUGGAACAUUUCAAAUACUUUGGUCACAUCCCUUUGUGCACAAAACAUCGAUUUAAUUAUUCAAAUAAUUGUCUGCCAUGUUUUUGGAUGAGGUGAUGACGUCGUCGCUGCUGGUGCGGCUCCCUAUGCGCACUGAGUGCUAGUGCGCAUGUGAUGUUGGUCUGUGUAAACCGGAUACAACCCGGAUAUAUACGGUCCAUGAAUCAGCAUAUGCAUACGUGAGUAGAUUACCUCAAAAACAACGGGCGGAAAUCUUGGACACAGUCUCCAGUUCAUUAUUAUACCUCAGUGCACCAGGCGGUAGGUAGUUCCUGUAUCCGUCUCUUCCAUCACUUCCUCUUCCUCCUGAAGCGCCUCCCCUUCCUGUGUGGCUGUGUGGGGAUACUGGUGCUAGCUGCCACUUGUCGUAACCAUGGUGAUGGAUAGGUAACCAUGGUAGGAGUCUGUGGGCACAGCUUUCUGAUGUUGCACCAGGUGUUGACGGGACAGGAGGGUAUCAUCGGGCACAGAGGUGCUAUGCGUCUCUACUUCCUGGUUUACAGUGUGUUGAUUACAUCACAGCAGGAAGUAUAGGACCUAUCUUCCUGUAGAACGUCAAUCUCUGCCUCCUUGCACUUUCUAGAACUUCCUGUUCCUGCUACUUGACUUCCUGUUAAUUGCACAAAGUUUCUCAGACACUCUAAGGCUCUGACCUCUAACCUCUGACCUCCAGCCAUGAGGCACAUUCACGUAGAACUGACGGGUGGCAGCGAGGAGGAGCUUGCUCCGGUGGAGCUUCCAUCCCGCGAGGGGGACCUAUCUCCUCCCGAGGCCCCCUCACAGGGCCCCGAUCCUGGUGUGAUGGUCGGGGUGGGUGUUUCCAGGCACUUCGGUCAGGAGCAGCUGCGUCUCCAGAAGGUCUACCAGCUCUCCAUCUUCUCCCAGCUGGGGGGGUUCUCAUCCUCCGAACCCCCCAGGACCAGUGAGGCCCAGCCGGGACAGGCCCAGCGGACGGCCAGGCCGGGGGUCAAGAGGGGCCUGGAGGAGCCCAAGCUCAGCCACAAAUGGCCCCACCUGGCUGGGGACACAUACAGAGACGGUGACGCCCUGGAAGGAGGGGUUCUGUGUGGGCCAGGGUCAGGACCUGGGGUAGGGGUUGGGAUGGUUGUGGGGCAGGGGCAGGUAUUCUCCUGCAUCAUGGUGGAUCACAGAGACUCAGAUGGGGACUUGUCUCCUAGAUCCCCCCACCUGCCCCCCUCUCCCCCGGCCACACCCCCGCCCGACGCCCCGCCCAGCACAACCACGACAGGCCCGUCCCGGACCCGUGGGCCCCGCUGUCGCCCAACUCACCCCCCAUGGUUGAGCCCCACAGCCCCCCUGGCUCCCGCAGCCCCUUACCCAGCACGGAGCCUCCUUCUGGGGGAGACGCUCCGGCCUGCUCCCUGGGCGAUCCUGGAGGGUCCGGGGAGGGCUGCAGUAGUGGCUCCUCAUCGAGACAGCCCAACUCCUGCACUGACAAGGAUUCCUAUUGGGCCCUCGGAGCCUUCGACACACCCAACCCCCCUGGACCUCCCCUCGGACCUACAGGCUCCCUCUCCCCCCGCUCCCUUCUCUCCACAGUCCCCCAGGAACCCGGGGAGGGCAGAGAGUGCGGGGCCGAACAGGAGUCCUCCCCACCCCAUCCCAGUGCCACCGCCUCCACCAACGACCUGGCCUCCCCGGAGAAGACCCCCAGCACCAGCGGGUUCCGUGGGGUCCCCUCGGGCCCCUGGCAGGCUAAGAAGAAACUUAUAUCCUCUAGCGACACAGCGGAGUCGUGUUCGGAGGAUGAGGGCCCCUCUACCUCUAAGAGGAGCCGUCUUGCACUGCUGGCCCCUGGCUUAGGGCUGGCCUCCUGCAGGGGCACCGAUGCCAAGGCUGCCCCCUUCUGGAACCACCUGCUGCCUAAUGCACAGGGCAGGGACCACCCCAAGAGUGUAUCAGAAUGCAGCAGAGCCAGCAGGAGGCUGUCAGAAUGCAGCAGAGCCAGCAGGAGGCUGAAAAGUCGACAGCUGCGUAGUGGGCGGCGUACAGACACCUUGUGUCGCUCUGCUCGGUCAGGCUGGCCCUCUUCCUCAAUCAGCCGCUCACUACUGGGCAACUUUGAGGAGUCGAUCCUGAAGGGUCGUUUCCCUCCGUCGGGUCGUAUCGAGGGCUUCACAGCAGAGAUUGGUGCCAGCGGAUCCUACUGCCCUCCACACGCCACUCUGCCUGUACACGUCACUUACUACGACAUCUCAGAGCACAGCGCACCCUCACCCUUCCUGGGAGUGAUCUCCUUGGAACCUCUUGGAAAGAAAGGAUACAGUGUACCCAAAGCAGGGACCAUCCAAGUGACCUUAUUCAACCCCAAUAAAACUGUGGUGAAGAUGUUCCUCGUGACCUAUAACUUUUGCGACAUGCCCGUCAAUCACAUGACCUUCCUGCGUCACCGCAUCUUCCUGGUUCCCGUGGAGGAGGCCGGGCCAGAUGGGAAGGGGCCUCCAGAGCCCAGGGCCACGUCCACAGAGAGGAGGAAGAUUCUCUGCUAUCUGAUACACCUCAGAUUCCAGAGCUCCAAAUCUGGGAAGAUCUACUUGCACAACGAUAUCCGGCUGCUUUUCUCCCGCAAGUCCAUCGAGGUGGACACAGGGAUCCCUUACGAGCUCAAAUCUUUCACCGAGGUGCCAAGAAACCCCAAAUACUCCCCCCGUGUGUGACCCUACGAUGAACCUAUGACCCCUAUUCCCUAACUCCCAACGCCAACGCAGCCCCUAUCUGGAAUGGUGCACAGACGGACUGCUCAGUAAAUGGAUGACAAAACUUGAAUAGACUAUUCACACAUACAUACAUACAUACAUACAUACAUACAGUGGGGAGAACAACUAUUUGAUACACUGCCGAUUUUGCAG